AUGGCUCCCAGGAAUGUCAUCUCGGUGACCCCGAGCAGGGAAUCCUCCUCCUAUGUCUCUGGCAUUGAUUUUGGAACCGAGCAGAAGCAGGUCCAGGAUAUCAAGAUGUUUGAUGCCGAGCAGAAUGAGGAGUCAACUGAGCCAGGUCAGCUGAAGCGUCGCCUUAAGAGUCGCCACUUGCAAAUGAUCGCCAUUGGUGGAACUAUCGGAACUGGUCUCUUCAUUACUAGCGGAACUGCUCUCAACGAAGCCGGUCCCGCCGGCGCUCUUAUCGCAUACAUCUUUGUCGGUACGAUUGUCUUCUCUGUCAUGGUCGCUCUGGGUGAAGUUGCAACCUUCAUUCCUAUCACCGGUGCCUUUACCUCCUACGCUGCGCGCUUGAUCGAUCCCAGUCUCGGUUUUGCCAUGGGUUGGAUCUACUGGUUUAAUUGGGCUUCUACAUUCGCGGUUGAAUUGACGGCUACUGGAACAAUUAUUCAAUACUGGAGGAAUGAUCUGAAUAUCGCUAUCUUCAUUGGUGUAUUCUGGGUCUUUAUUACAGCUCUGAACUUCAUGCCUGUUGGCUUUUACGGCGAAGUGGAGUUUUGGUUCUCCACUAUCAAGGUUGCCACAGUCAUUGGAUUCAUUAUCUUCGCUAUCUGUGUCGACUGUGGUGUUGGAGACCAAGGUUACCUGGGUUUCCACUACUGGAAGGAACCUGGUGCUUUUGCUGAAUACCUGGUUGAUGGUGCUGUUGGUAAAUUCGUUGGUUUCUGGGCUGUAUUGAUUCAGGCUGGUUUCUCUUACCAAGGAACUGAGCUGGUUGGUAUCGCGGCCGGUGAGACUGAGAACCCCCAGAAGACGGUCCCAUCUGCCAUUCGCAAGACCUUCGUGCGUAUCGGCCUGUUCUUCGUUUUGACCAUUUUCUUCAUUGGUCUGGUUGUUCCUUACGACAACGGCGAUCUUCUAAACGGCACAAGCAACGCAUCCUCUUCACCAAUGGUUAUUGCCGCCAAUCUUGCUGGCAUCAAGGUUCUACCUAGUCUGAUCAACGCUGUCCUCUUGACUGUGGUUCUGUCAGCGGCCAACUCGAACGUGUACAGCGGUAGCCGUGUCUUGACUGGAUUAGCUCUUGAAGGAUUUGCGCCCAAGUUCUUCGCCCGCGUUACCAAGAAGGGUGUCCCAUAUAUUAGUGUUGCUUUCACUGCCGCAUUUGGUCUUCUCGGUUUCAUGAACGUCUCUAACAACGCAGGCAAGGUUUUCAACUGGCUUGUGAACCUUUCCAGUGUCGCUGGCUUCAUCACCUGGUCUUCGAUCAAUGCCUGCCAUAUUGCAUUCAUGCGUGCUUGCGCUGCAAAGGGUAUUUCUCGUGAUGAUCUUCCUUAUAAGGCGAUCUUCCAGCCUUGGUUGUCCUGGUAUGGCCUGUUCUUCAACAUCCUUAUCGCUCUUACUCAGGGCUUCACAUCAUUCAUCCCUACCUUCAAUACCUCCGAUUUCUUUGUGGCAUACAUUUGUCCCAUUGUUUUUGUUGUCCUCUACGCCGGACACAAGAUUUGGACACGAGCUCCUUUCAUUAAGCCCAUCGAGGCUGAUCUUGAUUCCGGUCGAAUUGAGUAUCAGAAGGAAGUGGAGCUGCCUCAGCCGUGGUACAAGAAGGCAUGGGCUUGGAUCGCAAACUAG